AUGUUCCCCGCGCUCAAGCGCAAGGGCGGCGCGUCCAAAAGGGUGCCGCUCGGCGCCAUUCUGGCCCUGGCCGGCCAGCCGCCCCCGGACCGCGCCAAGUCGCAGGACGUCCAGUCGCUGUCCGACGGUGACCUGCGCGGGCGCCUCGGGGAACUGGGCGUCGACGCGGCCGCCGACGCGCCACGAGAGUCCCUCGAAACGGCGCUGGGGAUCGUCGCCUCUCCCGAUUUCUGGCGACGGCAUCAUGACCUGCACCCGAACAAAUCCCGCGUCAAGAACUGGCUGUGGGUGCACAGCAGAUUCAGGACCCAGGCUCAUGACCUGGUAGAGAUGGCGGAGGCGUUGUCCAAAGACGGCAACGCCCCCAAGUCCAACCUCAGGGCCAAGUUCGCCAAAUUCAGUGGGAAGAUUGAGAGCCACAGCCAGUUCGAAGACACACAGCUUUUUAAGUACUUCUAUGAUCACCACCCAAGCUGCAAGGCGGAGAUGGACGACCUCCAAAAGCAACACACGGACUUGCGUCAGGCGCAGGGCAUCAACGCUGCGCUCGAGAAGGAUGGCGCGGACAUGGGGGAGGUCUUGCUGCUGCUGAAGGCGUAUGAAGAGGAGCUGCUGCGGCACUUGGAGGCUGAGGAGCGGGCCCUGGUGCACCGGUGGCUCAACCUGGAUGCCCAGCAAUACAAGCAGUAUCGCACAUACCUCUCCUGGGUGUAUGGAGCCAUGUACUGA